AUGGCAGAAAUGAACAAGACCGACAUCCAACAGCCCAAAGAUCGUCAGAAGCCCAUAAAGACGGAAUGGAAUUCCCAGUGUGUCAUUUUCACUUAUUUCCAAGGAGACAUCAACAGUGUCGUAGAUGAGCACUUCUCAAGAGCUCUGAGCAAUAUCAAGAGGCCCCAAGGAUUGAACUCCUCAAGCCAGAGUGAAGAUGUGAUCCUGAGGAAUGAUAGUGACAUGCCUCCAAAUCAGUGGCGUUUCUCUUCUCCUUGGACAAAGUCACAGCUGGAAAUGUCGCGUGCAAAUAGUGCCAACAACAGCAGCUUGAAUAUGUCUGGUCCCUUGGCUGUGAAUCAGUAUCCACUGUCUCUGCCUGAGACCCACUCUGUUCAGCCUCGGGAUCUGUGGCAUUUCCCCUCCCUAGCCAGCCCCAGGUCCCUGGAGCCUGGCUACUCUCAUGUCUUUCCGGAUGGGCACCUGGUUCCAGAGCCCCGGCCUGAUGGGAAAUGUGAGCCUCUCCUAGGUCUCCUCCAGCAAGACAGAUGUCUAAACUGUCCUCAGAAAUUUGCCACGAGGGAGGAUCGCAACCCUGUCCAGAUAGCCGGAAGCACAGGAUUGCUUUUCAACCUACCGCCCAGAUCAGUCCACUGUAAGAAAAUAUAUGUCUCCCCAAGUCAUGGACCUGCCAGUCCCAACCUUGCAAAUGAAAUCUCCUUGCUCAACCAACUGUGUGACCACAGGCAAAUAACUCAGCUUCUGGAGAGCAAGACUCCGUUAGAGGAGUGGGACCAUGGACAGACCUUCAAAGCAGAAGUGAUCACAUCCUUUCCAUUAACAUCAAUGGCCAUCUAUCGCUACAUUGAUGGCUCCAAAAUCUCUGUCUGUUCUCAAGACCUCUCUUUAGACUCCAGACUCAUCAUCCACCUGUCUACUGGCCCCCAGUUCCCAGAGGCCCCUCAAUCAUCAGUCCCUGCCAAGUAUGUUCCUACUCCUGCAUUUUCUGAAUCGUUUAAUGACAACAUCAUUAACUCAGCCAAGCAAGAUAAGAACUUGGAAAUAAAUUCCAUGUUUUAUUGA